CUCUGUUCCGUGAACGCGCCUCACACAUCAAAGAGCGAAAUGACUCUGUGUUGAUCGGCCUUUACUGGACAUUCAUUUACCAGACAUUUAAAGGAUGGAUUUGGAAAUGGUGAAUAUGUUCGUCAUUGCGGGUGGGACGUUGGCGAUACCAAUCCUGGCGUUUGUAGCCUCCUUCCUGCUCUGGCCUGCAGCUCUUAUUAAAGUCUACCACUGGUACUGGCGGAGAAGGCUGGGAAUGCAGGUGGAUUAUGCAGAAUAUGAAGGAUAUCGCUUCUGUUAUUCUCACAGAGGGACUCCAGGCACAAGGCCGUCUGUCCUCAUGUUACACGGCUUCUCUGCACACAAGGACACGUGGCUCGCAAUGAUCAAGUUUCUCCCUAAAAAUGUCCACUUGGUGUGUGUUGACAUGCCCGGACACGAAGGUACCACACGGACCAGUGCUGUGGAUUAUUCCAUAGAGGGCCAAGUCAGACGCAUACAUCAGUUUGUGAAGAGCAUCCAGCUGAACAAAAAGCCUUUUCACCUGGCCGGCACGUCCAUGGGCGGAAACGUCGCCGGAGUUUAUGCUGCACGUCACCCGUCCGAUCUCUGCGGUCUAACGCUCAUCUGUCCGGCAGGUCUUCAGUAUCCCACUGAAAGCAAGUUUGUUCAGCGUUUGAGGGAACUGGAAAAGACUCAGGAUAGUGAUGGGAUUCCACUCAUACCCUCCACACCAGAAGAGAUGGAGGAAAUGCUGAAAUUAUGCUCUUUCGUGCGCUUUAAGAUUCCUAAACAGAUUCUUCAAGGACUGGUUGACGUUCGCAUUCCAAACAAUGACUUCUACCGAGAGUGUUUCAUGGAGCUUUUAGGAGAGAAAUCGAGACACUCUUUACAUGAGAACAUGCAUCUCAUCUCCGCUCCUCUACAAGUUAUUUGGGGCAAAAAUGACCAGGUGCUAGACGUGUCUGGAGCUUCAGUUCUGGCUGAGGCCAUUCCUGGUUGCCAGGUUCAUCUCUUAGACAACUGUGGCCACUCUGUAGUGAUGGAACGGCCAAGAAAAUCUGCCCAGCUCAUGAUGGACUUUAUCAUCGCACAAAAGAAUGCAGGCAGCAACAGCAAGAAGAAACGUUCCUAAGACUGGACUCUCUAUUUGGAUAAUGUAUGCAGGGCCGUAGCAAAGAAUUCUGUCCCCUGACUAUAUAUCACUCUGGGCCCCUUUCCUCUUAAAGAGAAUCGUUACCACCUUUCACCCCACUAACUACGGUCCUGAAUGUAUGGUGGUUGCAUAAAAGUUAAGGAUCUUCAGCUGCAAACACAAAGUUUGUUGGUUAAUCCCAAGAGAUCAUAGUACUGCUAUGUUAACCUUGUAGCUUUGAGCUUGGCACUCAGUUGUACAGUCCAUACAGUCUGUGCACUAAAAGUUGCUUUGGAUAAAAGCAUCUUUUGAAUAACAAGUACCAAUAUUUUCCACUUUGUACGUAAUCAGGGAGUUAUUUUUGUAAGUAAAUGCUCAGGGAUGCAUACUAACCUCCGAUUUGAAGAAAAGCACUUAAGAAACUAUGCAGAUACAAACCAACAUUAAUGUUAGCAAGUAAUGCAAAGACAUCCCUGCUUCCCUUAUAAAGGGGAAACAGCAUUAGUAAUUCUGACUGACUGAGCAAGAAGAACAUUUUGCAAGUGGUGCCCAAAAUGCCUCCAGUUCUACAGAAAAUUCCCCAUCAAUCAUUGUCAGAAUCUAAUCAUAUACAGCAGGCAAUGCAAAAAUGCAGACAGAUGCCCCAAAAUGCUGUCUAGACAGACAGUUCACUAGAUAUUUUAUGUCCAUUCCUUUUACAUUGUUUCUAAUGUAUGUUUCUGGCCAGUUUGAAAGACUGUUUGGUGGUGAAACUCAUGUGAACAACAUAAAUGCUGUAGCUUUGCAUUAUUUUUUUCUGUACUACAUGGAGUUCAUAUAAAUUAUAUUCCAGGACACUUAAACAUACAAAGCUGUAACACUGGACAUGUGAUGUAAUCAUCUUUAAUAAGUAUUUUUGGAACUUGCAACUAUUUAAUGAGUUUGUUUGGGUAUUCUUAAAUUAAACUGGUGAAUAAACAUCUUAAAGAA